AUGGAAAAUCAGAGCAGUGUGACACACUUUUUCUUGAUUGGGUUUACUAUCUCUGUAGAGCUCCAGUUUUUUCUUUUUGUGGUUUUCUUUGCCAUCUACCUAUUGACUAUCACUGCUAAUGUUGCAAUCAUUAGUUUGGUUCGUGUAGACAACAGACUUCAUACUCCUAUGUAUUUUCUUCUUAGCCAGCUCUCUUUCCUAGAGAUCUGGUAUACAUCAUCCAUCGCUCCAAAGCUCUUAAGUAAUUUGGCUGGCUGGAAAAGCAUUUCAUUAUCUGGCUGUCUCUCACAAAUUUAUUUUUAUUUCUCUUUGGGUUCCACAGAGUUUUUCCUGCUUGGAGUGAUGGCCAUUGAUCGUUACUUGGCUAUUUGUAACCCACUGCGUUAUCAGUCCAUCAUGAAUGGUCAAGUAUGUCUACAGGCUACUGCAGCUUGCUGGUCCGUUGCCUUUGUGUCUGUGUUUUUUCUAGUACUUCUUAUAUCUCGCUUGACAUUUUGCCAACCUGCUGUCAUCAACCACUUCUUCUGUGACCUUCCACCUGUUCUCAAGCUUUCAUGUGAAGAUACCUUUUUAGAGGAAAUUAUUGUCUUUCUUUUCGCUUGUAGCAUCAUUCUUACCUCAUUGCUGUUGACUAUUGUAUCUUACGUGUUCAUCCUUUCCACUAUAUUUAAAAUACCAUCCAGUAAGGGUAGGAAAAAAGCUUUCUCCACCUGUGCCUCCCAUUUCUCAGUGGUCACUAUUCUCUAUGGCACAGUGAUAUUUAUUUAUGUUCGUCCCAGUGUGUCCUACCCAAUGAAUGUCAACAAGGUCAUGGCUGUUUUCAACACAGUGGUAACUCCUUUACUCAACCCUUUGAUUUAUUGCCUACGGAACAAAGAAGUAAAAGAAACUCUUAGGAAAGUGAUGAACACAAGGCGUUCACGGAUAGAUGGUAUAACCUAUUACAGUAAGUCUGUUCGAUAG